AAGGGACCAAAUGUGGUAAUGAGAAGAGACAUAACACCACUUGUAAAAGUCUUGUUCAACUCUGUGUUAUUUAUUUGUCUUUUAAGACAAACAUAGUACACAUCAAGCAAGAAUCACAAAAGAGAAAACUCCACACUCUAGGUGGGGUUUUACUUUAAAAAUAGCCCUUGUUUCCAUUGAUCCAUUUCCACAGAAUCAAAUCAAAGAACCCUUCUUGUAGGAGAAAAAAAACCACCAAUAAUCCCAUAUGCCUUCCUUUUGAUCCAAUCAAAAUGACCAUAAUAUAUAUAUGAAAAAAAAAUCCCACAAAGUCACAAGCUUCUUCUUUCUUUGGCUUUUUAUCCGUUAGAUGCUCAGUAUUUUCAGUAAUCUUCGUUGUCUUCAUGUCCUUUACCUGAAUUGCAAUUUUUCCUGUCUCGUAUCUAACGCCAUUUUUAACUCAUUUGAUCAUUUCCACCACACUCAACCGAAUCUGUAAUGUAGAGGACAAAAAAACAAAAAAAAAAAAACGCACACACACAUCAACAUUGUCUCUAUUCCCCAGUUGCUCUGUUUCCCCUGUUACCCAAACCAAAGCACUGCCAUUUUUUAUAUAUGGCAGCUACUACUACCCAGCUGAAAUUCCAAACCCAACCCAUUAAACCCAAACGCCGACGUUACCGGGAAACCACCAUAACCACCACCGCCGCCGCCGCCUUCGCCGCCGCCACGUCAGACAAGUCUUUCAGCUCGGGCUCAAGUUCAACGGAUAAGAAUAGCUAUCAAAGUCGCAAACUUGAAACUCCCAUUGUCAUCUACUCUGAUGAUAAUUCUUGGUGCUGCCCCACCGCCGCUAAGCCCCCUCUGCCACCACCUUCACCGCCGGGGCUCGGUUCUUCACUUCCAAACUCCUCACCUUCAAGCCUCAAAAUCCGUUCCUCAGCCAAUCACUUGAUGGAUAACCACGGUGGCGCCGCCGCCGCCUCCCACGACGCAUUUCCGUCGUCUUUCAGUAAAUUCAAUUCAGCGCUCACCGCCGGACUUCUCAACCCAAUGUCGCCGCCGCCGGCAAUGGAUAAAAUCCGUUCAAGCCCGACCUUGUUUGAAAUGAUGUCCAGCGAACCCGAUUCCAUUCUUAGAGCUACUCCGAUGAUGGAACAGCAGAUCCCCAACGGCGCAACGGCCACCCCGAAUCAGAAACCUCUUGAUAAACAAGCCGUAAUGCAAAAGCGAUUAACGGAUCUUUUAUCUUGUCGGAGUCCGGGAAACCAAUUUAACGACUCGACUUCUGGUGAUGUGAAGCUGACUUUGAGCUCAAAAGAUGGAUUUAGCGUCUCGAUGAGCGUUCAUAGGCAGAUACUUGUAGUUCAUAGUAGGUUUUUUGCGGAGAAAUUGUGCGAGAAAUGGGUGAAACAGUCGACGAAUGUGGGCCCUUACGUGGUGGAGAUUGCUGACUGUGAUGAUAUUGAGGUUUAUAUUGAGACUUUGAAGUUGAUGUACUGUAAGGAUUUGAAGAGGAGACUUAUGAAGGAGGAAGUUUCCCGAGUCCUUGGAAUCUUAAAGGUUUCUGCUGCAAUUGGAUUCGAUGCUGGUGUGUUAUCUUGUUUAGAGUUCUUAGAGGCUGCUCCAUGGGCCGAGGAUGAAGAGGAGAAGGUGGCUGCAUUGUUAUCCGAACUGCAUCUUGAAGGCGUUGGAGCAAGGGAAGUUUUAAAGAGGGUUUCUCUUGAUGUCACCGGAGGUAUGGAAGAGAAGAAAGAUAAUGAAGAGGUGCUUCUUAAGUUGAUACAGGUAGUUCUUCAAGGUAAAGAUGAGAAGGCUAGGCGUGAGAUGAAAGGCUUAGUGUUAAAGAUGUUGCGUGAGAAUUCGGGGCAGAGUGAUUUGAGGAAGGAGUCUCUAUACUCAGCUUGUGAAGAAUGUUUGCAGUCUCUACGCGAAUGCUGCCUAAAGGUAGUGGAAGCGGAUGGCAAGGAUGUGUCGCAGAUUGCACGUCAGGCUGAUAAUUUGCAUUGGCUUUUGGAUAUUUUGAUUGACAGACAAAUUGCUGAAGAUUUUCUCAAGGCUUGGGCAUCUGAAUCUGAGUUAGCUCAAUCACAUUCCAAGAUUCCUGCUAUCCAUCGCUUCGAGAUAAGCAGGGUUACUGCUAGGCUGUUUGUUGGGAUUGGGAAAGGCCAACUACUUGCUUCCAAGGAUGCGAGAUGCUUACUAUUGAGAACUUGGUUAGUUCCAUUUUAUGAUGAUUUUGGGUGGAUGAGAAGAGCAUCUAAAGGGCUGGACCGACAUUUAAUUGAAGAAGGUCUUUGCAAUACUAUUUUAACUCUGCCUCUAACUUGGCAGCAGGAAAUUUUUAUGUCUUGGUUCGAUCGCUUCCUGAAUUCUGGGGAAGAUUGUCCAAAUAUCCAACGAGGUUUUGAAGUUUGGUGGAGGAGAGCGUUUUGGAAGCGAAAUGGUGAGCCUGAGCGGCCUCACCAAAUGCGUAUUGUGAAUGCCACAAUUGAGAAUUCCUAAAAUCUUAUUUUGUGAUUUGAGGCAAGGGUAAGGCUUACUUAAUCUGAGUUAUAGUUGCCUGUUGUAUUCAUGGCUAGUUCUCCAGCCUCCAUUGCCGAUUCUUGUCGCAAUAUUUUCCAUCUCUUGAGUGAGAGUAUAGCAUUUAGUUCGUCGCCAUUUAUACCGAUGUCUGUACAUGCAUUUGAUCGAUAUGGGGAGGACACUGCGGGUGAAAUAUACAUUUUGUGAAUAUUGUUUCCUAUGGGAUCAGAGAGAUUUGGUCAAAUUAGUUUUCACUGCUUCAACAGCGUUUACUCAACAUUAAACAAGAUUCUUUGUCCUUCUUCUUUAUUCCAGCACAUUAGCUGCACAGAUUCUGCUAGUAGCGGGAGCUGUCAAAAUGCAUCUUUCCUCCCAAAUAGUUUCAGAUGCUUCUAGCAUAACCUGACAAAAUGAGAUCAACAAGCUUUUUAUGAAGGAUCUAAUGCA